GAGGCGGAGGAGCGAGCGGAGCCGCCCGGCCCGGCCCUGUCGCGCUCUGCCCGCCGAGCCGUGAGCCUGCUGCCGCGGGGAGCGUGUGCCGGAGAGACGCUGCCGCCCCAGCCCCGCGUCCGGCCCCGCGGCUCCUCCGUGCUCGCCUCGCCGCGCUGCGCACAGGUAACCGCGGAGCAGACAAGAGCGGCGUCCCUCGGCCGCGAUGCUGCGGGCCGCCCUUCCCUGCCGGGGCCGCGGGCGCUGCGAGCGUCCCGGGCGGCAUUGCCAUUGACAGCGGAGCCUGCGCCGGGCUGUCGCCGCCGGGACGCAGACUUCCCCUUCUUCUCGUUUGUUGUGCCGUUCUGGAGAGACCGCUAUCCUCCUCCCAGGGACUGCGGGCAGGUCCCGUCUGACGAUACCGGAUUUUUACCCGUCUGUCUUGAUUGCCUGUCUGAAAGUAUAUUUAUUUUUAAUAAUAAAAAGUCGAGCCACAAGUCCAGUUCCUACCACGUUCCCCUUUCUGUGGAGUCCGGCUUGGUUUUGCAGUUAAAAAAGUUUACUUCGCCCUCCCUCCAGUUUUAUUGACACUGAGGAUGAAGAAGGAUUUGAAAUUGAAAGCGCCUUGAAAUACAGCAUCUUUUGGAGAGGGCUCUGCAGUUCGCCUGUUGAGUCUCGAAUUCCACCCUUUGCCCCUGCUGAAUCCACUGUUCUGCCCUUUACUCUCUGGGGUAAAAAACGAAACAACAACAACAAAAACCCGAGGGGGAAAAAAAAUACCUUUGGCAGCAGGGAAGCUUUGUGUUACUGACCCGACGAGCUGCAAGUGUCCAGUUUCUGAAAAGAAGAAAAGCCUUUUGUCUUCAGCAGAUCAGUAGAAUUAUUUUGGAAGCGAGGAGAGUAUCAAGUGAUCUGGCCUACUGAAGAGGAGCCUGAAGCCAUCCCUGAGUGGAGAUUUUGGACUUGCAGGAGGAAGGCUGUGUGUUCCCCCUUCAUGUGGCAGAGCUGCUCCUCCUUACCAAGGAAGUCAAAGUGAAGGAAAUAGGUCAAGGGCAGCUUUUACAUUCCACCCAAAAGGCACCACAGUUUGCGAUGAGGAAUUCAGAAGAGCAAGCAGCUACGACAGUUUUACAACGCCUGCUGCAGGAGCAGCUCAGAUACGGAAACCCAAAUGACAACCGUAACCUCCUUGCCUUACACCAGCAAGCCACAGGAAAUGCUCCCCCUUUCAACAGCACUGGGAGUCCAGCAUCUCAGAACGAAGGGCUGAGCCCCCAGGACCACCAGCUUGUGACUCAUGCUGCCCGUCAGGAGCCCCAGGGCCAGGAGAUACAGGUGGACAACAGCAUCAUGGAGAAGCAGCUCUCCCCACGGCUUCAGAACAGCGAGGAUCUCCCGACCUAUGAGGAAGCCAAAGUCCAGUCGCAGUAUUUCAGGGGCCAGCCGCACGCCAGCGUCGGGGCAGCCUUUUAUGUAACGGGGGUCACCAACCAAAAGAUGAGGACUGAAGGGCGGCCCACAGUUCAGCGAGUGAGCCCAGGGAAGGUCCACCAGGAUGAAGGACUGAAGGACCUCAAGCAAGGGCACGUCCGCUCCUUGAGCGAGCGGCUGAUGCAGCUGUCCUUGGCCACCAGCGGGGUAAAGGCCCACGCGCCUGUCACGAGCGCGCCGCUCUCCCCCCUCUCUCCUCUUUCUCCUCAGCAGUCCAGUGACCUUUAUAAAAAUUCUGGCUCCAAUGAGUUCUACAAGAACUCGGUGCAACCCCCUUCCCAGCCCAACAUGAAAGGAAUGGAGCAGCGGGGGCCUCCUCCAGAGUAUCCUUACAAAAACGUGUCCACCCCGGCAGUGAACUGCAAACCUCAGGACUCGGGGCAUUUCUAUAGCGACCAUCGCAUGAGCCAGCAGGGAAGAUCUGAUGGGCCUAUGAUGAGGUAUCAACAUCCCCCCGAGUAUGGGUCAGUCAGGCAGAACCCAGAUGUGCAGCUGCAGUUACAACAGAGACCACCUCACCACCACAGCCCAACUUCUUCCUUGACAUCCCUGGGAUCUUUGACUUUGCUUCAGUCUCCACCACCAUCCAGGCUGUCCCCUUCCCAGCAUCAGCAACCUCUGACUCCAAGCCAGGGAGAUCCUGGCCUUCUGCCACGGACCCAGCAGCCGUUCCUGUCCAACCAAGUCCAUCAGGGAGAUUUGUACCGACUAUGCCAGCCCUUCCUAGGCCCUCAGCAGCAGCAAGGCGACUCCUAUGUCAUGUCCCGGGCUCAGCAGAUCCCUUCCCCCUAUCAGCAGAUGCAAGUAGAUCCUUUUGCCAUAGUUUCCAGGGCUCAGCAGAUGGUGGAAAUCCUGUCAGAAGAGAACAGGUCUCUGCGACAGGAACUGGAUGGGUGUUACGAGAAAGUAGCCCGACUGCAGAAGCUGGAAACAGAAAUUCAGCAAGUUUCAGAGGCGUACAAAAACCUGGAGAAAUCAUCCUCGAAGCGGGAUGCCCUGGAAAAGGCCAUGAGGAACAAACUGGAAGGAGAGAUCCGUAGGCUUCACGAUUUCAACAGGGAUCUGAGAGAACGUAUGGAGACAGCCAACAAGCAGCUUGCAGAGAAGGAAUUUGAGGGCUCUGAAGACAAUCGGAAAACCAUCUCGCAACUCUUUGCACAAAACAAGGAAACACAGCGGGAAAAAGAGAAACUGGAAAUAGAACUGGCGGCUGCACGCUCCACCAACGAGGAUCAGCGAAGGCACAUCGAGAUCCGAGACCAGGCCUUGAACAAUGCCCAGGCCAAGGUGGUGAAGCUGGAGGAGGAGCUCAAAAAGAAGCAGGUCUAUGUUGAGAAGGUGGAGAAGAUGCAGCAAGCCUUGGUUCAGCUACAGGCAGCGUGUGAGAAACGGGAGCAGCUGGAGCACAGGCUGAGGACCCGCCUGGAGAGAGAGCUGGAGUCUCUCCGCAUGCAGCAGCGCCAGGGGACAUCUCAGGCUGCCAACGUCUCGGAGUACAACGCCACAGCACUCAUGGAGCUCCUGCGCGAGAAGGAAGAGAGGAUUCUUGCUCUGGAAGCUGACAUGACCAAGUGGGAACAGAAAUACCUGGAGGAGAGUGUGAUGAGACAGUUUGCUUUGGAUGCAGCUGCAACUGUGGCUGCUCAGAGGGACACGACUGUCAUCAGCCACUCACCUAACCCUAGCUACGACACCUCGCUGGAAGCUCGCAUUCAGAAGGAGGAGGAAGAGAUCCUGCUUGCCAACAGGAGAUGCCUCGACAUGGAGGGAAGGAUCAAGACUCUGCACGCUCAGAUCAUCGAGAAGGAUGCCAUGAUCAAAGUGCUGCAGCAGCGCUCGCGCAAGGAGCCCGGUAAGACAGAGCCGCUCUCCUCCAUGAGACCCGCCAAGUCCCUCAUGUCCAUUUCCAACGCUGGCUCGGGCUUGCUGUCCCACUCAUCCACACUGAGCAGCACUCCCAUCCUGGAGGAGAAGAGAGAGGACAAGAGCUGGAAAGGCAGCCUAGGUGUUCUGCUGGGGACAGAAUAUCGCUCUGAAUCCAUUCCCUCCACCCCCUCUCCCGUCCUUCCUUCCACACCGCUGCUGUCAGCCCACUCAAAGACAGGCAGCAGAGACUGCAGCACCCAGACUGACCGAGGCAACGACCAGGGCAAAGCUGCACCUUCCCCUGCAGCUCCCACACCAGGACGACUCCCCAGUACCAACCUGGCCUAUGGUGCAGAAAAAACAGAUGGGCCACUCUUCCACUCCAGCACUCUUGAAAGAAAAGCCCCUGUUCAGACCGUGGGGCAGGACCUCCCAGAUGGAGAGAUGGUAGAAUACCUCAUCUGAAAGGCUGUACCAGGAUCUGAGCUGGGCUGCAGGAACAAGACAUUUUUAAAAGACGUUUUUAUUGGGGGGGAAAAAAACUGUAGUACCUGAGUAAUAAAAGAACACUCAGCUGUUUGCUCUUGUAUAUUAUGUCUUGAAAGUGUGGACAGGUUAAUUUAUAAUUUGUUCUAAAUUAUCAAAAACCCAAAACACUUGUUCUUUGGAAGUUUCCCCCUUUGUUUUCCAAGUAGUGGAUCUGGUAACAUCUGCUAAACCCCAGAACUUAGGUGCACUAUAUCUGAUAUUGCAGUAUUCUUGAAGUCUCUUAGACAGAAGGACUUGUUCUCACAGCUACUGGUUAAAUAUGGCCUUGCAGUGAACAGAAGCAGGGACUUAGCUGUGAGCAUCCCUUUGUGGUUUUGCAAUACAGGCGUUAAGCUGACCAAUUAUUGCUGUGAGCGAGGGAGAUUUCUCCUUACACUUUCUCAACGUUAAGAGCUCAGAACAGACCCUUCACAUUCACAGGCUGGAGAGAGAUUUCCAUUUUCACUGUGGUUACAUUUAAUUAAUCCUUUUUUGACUUCCCAGUUUGUGUUAUUUCUUUGUGAAAAGGGAAGCUGAGACUCUGGUGAUCAAUGUCAGCUUUUCAGUUCCAUCACUUUUACACUUCAGGACCUUGUCAAUAAUUUAUACAGUGGAUAGGAAACAAUAUAUUGCAUCUGUGUUUUACUGAAAUUACAAAUGGAGAGUUUACAGGCUCAGCCCUGAUCCCUCAGAUCAGAUUUCUGCCAUUGUAUCUCCACUGGCUGUAGUGGACCUACUCCAGAUUUACCGUAGUGCAAGUGGCAAGCCCCGUUGCUUUUCAGUGUUAGCAACUUAAUCUAAAGCAUCUGGUGAGAUCUUCCUCAGUAGCAGAUUCUUCUGUACUUCAAAUGCAUUUCUACUUUUUCUGUCCCUCCUUGCAGAUAAUACAUGUGUUCUCAUGUAGCACAGCCUCAGAGGUAGAGCUUUAAAGAGAAGCUCUUUGUAAAGUUUCAGGUGGCAAAUCCUCUCCUUCCAAACCAUUUUUUCCUUACUUCAUCUGGAGAGAGCACCUUCAAGAAAGGCCCAGAGGCUUCACAGUUCUACAUUGGAAGUCAUCAGGUUCACUUGCAGAUCUUUGGGAACUAGCAUAGAUGCAGCAAUGCUUUGGUUGCAGAUGCUAUAAGGAGAUAUUAAGAGCAUUAGAAGUAAAUGAGUAUUUUUUUGUUACAGUCUUUGCAUAUUCAAACAGUUGAAUAUUAAUUUCUGUUAAAAACCAACUGGUUUUUUUACUUGAAUGUUAAAACAUUUAAUUAGCCAGUGGUCACAUGUUGGGAACCUGGCUAAUCUCAGCUUUCUGUGCAGCAUUAGAGCAGCCAGAUGUUCAUUCCAGGUCAUUUCACUCCAGAAAUAAGGAGAACUGGUAAUUAAUCAUCAAAUGGUUAGUGAAUGUCCUCAAAUGCUGCUUAGCUGACGCUGCUGAAACAGUGUCCAAUUGGCAUGGCCUUACCAGAUAAACAGAUAGGACAGGAGUUUCCCAGUGGAGGGCUGGGAGGUGAAAGGAGCUGCCUUCUGUCUGCUGCACAAGUGACUUAGCAGUGCCUGCAGAGCAGCUGUGAGUUGGAUUCUGUUUGUCUUCUAGUGACAAUCACUGAAAAGAUCAAGGAAAACAUUUCCCAUUGUUUCUAGCAGAUUUGCUGCUUGUUGGUCUUCUUCAGGCUCCAUUCCUAGACCCACAGGAUGGCAAAGUGUAUAUGGUCAGAUAUGAGCUAAGUCUAACCAGCCUGGCUUUACCAGGCAGACACUCCCUUCUGUCAGCAUGACUUAAGACCCUUCAGAGCUGUACUUCAGGGCUCUGUCUCUGCCAUAUGGCACAACAUCCUUCUGGACAGUGCCAUAGAUCUUCCCUAAGUGUAUUCUAAUAAUCUCCCUGAUUAGUUCUCUGCCUUUUCCUAAACAAACUGGUCACAGCUUCUUCAUUCUCAUCCCUGAGAGUGUCUUAUAUUUCUUUCCUCUUGGCUUAAUUCCAUCCUGUUAUAUGAAGUAAUCCCCACUCUGGAUGCUUUGAAGUGAUUUCUCUUCCUCCUCCACAGUUGCUGGAAAUGCAGGAGAAGCUUUUCCCCUUAGCUCAAGGUGUCCAUCUUUCUGUCCUUCCAGCAUCAUUUUCUAGAUUCUGUUUUGUAGUUAAGAGUGAACAAGGGACAUCAGAUGCCACUGAGUGUCUGUGUGAGAGAGAGAGGAGAGAUGUUUGAUGCUUCCCUGCUCUUUUAAAGUCAGGAAAAAUUACAUUCCACCUUUACAGGCACUUUUUAGCAGUAGGAGAAAAGUUCUGCCACUGCAGGGCUCUAGAUAAACAGUUCCAGCUCACUUGAUUGACCUUCAUUCUGAAAUGGAAGAUUUGGAGCCUUCACAGACAAAAUCUGGUUUAGAAAACUGAUUUUCCUCAGUUAAUAUUGACUGUUCAGCUGGACUGGGUAAAACUACUUUGUUUAUCCUCCUUGCAGCUCAUUGUUUUCAAAAUGAAUGCCACUGUCAUCUCUUUUCACAAAGGGAGAGGAAAAAAAAGCCUGUCUCUGCCAGUCCAAACCAUCAGGAUUGCAGGAGCCUCUGCAGUUCUGUGCCUGUGGAGGGAAAUGUGGAGGGAGAUGGUGCAGUUUUACAUUGCUUUAGGUCAGGUUCUUCGCCCUGUUUUGUAGCUUUGAUUUCUUCCAAAAGCAGAAUCCCCCAAAACUUCUCUUGGGGAAGUUUGAGGUCAUUUUUUUCCCCUGUGUGGACAAACCAGGAGCCAUGAGGAAUGCAUUCUUUCCCUUGAGCUUCCUCAGAGCCAUCCUGAUGUGAAUGUAAAAGAGCUGCUUGCUUUGAGGAAGAUGUGUCCUGUAGUCUUCAAUCUCUCUGUACAGGUUUUGAUGUUGUUUUUUUUUAAACAGAAACUGCUUUAAGGAGACAAACUGCACACCUAGUUCCUUUUCCUUCUGUAGAGCUUGUUUCUAGUAGAAAGGGAUUUUUAACACAAUGAUUGCAAUGACCUUCUUUGCAAACCAAAAUGUUUAGACUAAGAGUUUUUCUUAAACUCGGGUAUUAGAAGCAGAAUUGUAGCUUUUAUAAAGAAAGCCACAUAUUCUUCUUUGUAGAGCAAAACAAGAAAAUCAAGUGUAGUUAUUGUUCCUUUUUCCUUUCCCAACUCACAGAGUGGCCAAACUCACGAGUCCUUUGCUUUUGGGCAGUUCCUUUGGGAGCUGAGUGCUCAGGGAGCUGCCCAAGAGCUUGAGGGUCUUGUUCCCAUCUGGCCCAAUGUCAUUAUGAACUUCAUAUAGCUCCUACCUGGUGCCUCUUUGGGAGGUCUAGAGCAGCAAUUUUCUGCCUGUGGUCUGUGAGCUCGUGGACAUCUGAGAGUUGCUCCUCAGGAACCUGCAAAGGGUGGGUUGAGGUCAAGCAAAGCCCUGUCAGGGACUGAAAUCCUUGAUGUAUGGUCUCUGCCUCUGUUGGCAAGCCUGUAGAGUGAGGGACUGAAACCUGGCAUUGGCUUUGUUUCGCUUUGGAGGCUGCCUGAGCGAGGGGACUUGCGCAGCUUUAGGCCAGAACCAUUUGCAAGGCCAGCUCCUGCUCCAGGACCCCAGGCCCGACGCGUCCCCUGGGCCUCGGCACCCUCACGGCGACUCCCGACAGCCCCAGCCAGGUGAUGGCCCUUUGCCAUCGCUCAUCAAAUGCUUCUGCUACAAACCUGGUGCAGUCAGAGCAGGCCAAAACCCCCCAGGGGUGAUUUGUGGGCCCAGGUCAGCCUGGGGUUCCCUGUCCUGUGCUCCUCGGCGCCGCGGCCGCUGGCGUUGCUCCGUGCCGGGGCUCGGGGGCUGUGGGGAGGGCUG